GCAGCCAUAUACCGAAUAUGGCACGGGUCUUUUUUUUCUUUUUUCUUCUUCAUGCUCCCCAAUGUGUUUGUACUGCAUUACAGAUAAGCUACCACCCAGGGGUUGCAUUCCAACACUUGCCGAGAUGUCGAACCGGUCAAUCGAGCCGUGCUGUGAUAGGCCGAGUUUAUUUUGACUAGGCACGCCGUUGCCGCGAUUGGCAACGGCAACCCCUUCCUCCCGCUUUGGCAUGGGUUGCUCUGUCAUCGAAUUGCAUGGAAUCACUAUAGCUCCGGCUUGGCCUCAGACGGCGCGUCAGACAGCGGAGGCAACCUCGUCCCCAAAAAGGCCUCCACCUCGUCGAGUUCCUCCAGGCAUGCCGAGUGGCCCAUUCUGUCGAAUUUCGGGUCAACACAGGUCAGCAUUUCAGCCGAGACUCUCCCGAGCUCGGUGGCGAGCAGACAGCUACUGUCAAGGAAGCACGACGUACGGGUAUGUUCGCAUGGUGACGUUGUAGCCGGCCUCCUUAAGGAAGCCGUGUGAUAGUAUGCCCAUGGCGGUGGGCACAACGACGUCCUGUGUCCCGUGUGCCAUGAAGAUGGGCGUUUCCUUGUUGAGCUCAGGGUCGGGAAGCAGUCCCUCGAACUUGGACGCGAGGAGAAGGUACGCAGACAGGCCCACGAUGCCCGCCAGCUUGACCUUGGCGGUGAGCCCCGAAAAGAUGGAAAUGGCACCUCCCUGUGAGAAGCCGCCGAGCACGAUACGGUCCGCGGGGAUGCCUGAGUCGAUCUCCUGCUGGAUCAGGUUGUGGAAGUAGGCUUGGCUGGUCAUGAUCCCGGCCUCGUCCUCGUUCUCGCGUAGGCUCUCGGGGGUCCCGUCGAGACUAGCCUGGAAGGCGAGCAAAACAAGGUCUGUGUCAGGAUGAAGAGGCGCAGCAGGAUCUCGAUCCCGCACUUAUUGGAGGCUCAUGUCCAUACACGAGAGGACCUACUUACGAUGUCGUACCAACCGGGCAUUCUCAUACCACCCUAUCGUCGGGGGAGUAAUCCGCACCAAGAGUUAGCCGACGGGAAAGGGGUCGAGGCCAGAUAUGAACAGCCACGACGCUGUUGCUGAUGCCACCGCCGCACAGGCCAAAAUACGACGGCGCGUGUGACCCGAGCGAUGCCCUACGGAGCUGAACUUACGUUGCAGGUGAUGGGGAUGGACGGCGCAUGCGGCAGGAUAAACUUGACCUGGUCCAGCUUUGACCUCCGGCGCCAGUUCUCAACUGCCGAGGCCCAUCCGUGGCCGCUGUCGCCGAGGCCGUGGACGAAGAUGACGGUGGCGGUAUGUCGAGCCACGGCCGGGAAGCGGAGGGGUGCUGCGCGGACAGACAUGGUGGCGGGAGGUUAUGGACAAACUAGGGGGAGGAGAAAUAGAAUGAGAGUGAGACAAAGCAACCGGGAGUCGCCAAAAAUCGAUCAAAAGUCGCAAUGCGCGAUGGUGCUCUGACUGGUUGAUCACGUCCCGUCGCGAUGUCAGUCGAGUUAUCUAACACGCCGAUUCCAUGUCGUCAGCACCCAGGCAAGCGUAAAGACGAGCGCCCAGGACCCCACCAACCGACGGAAGCAGCGUCACGUGGGCUUAAGACAGCCACGUUGACGCCACAGAGACCAGGAACUGAGCCUCCCCCAGAGAGAUGCCCUGGCACCCUGGCCAGGCUCCGUCUGCAGAUCGAUUCCACAGCGACCACACCCCUACCGCACCGCCAAGACGCCGGAAUUUAUCCACCAACUGGACUUGGGCGGCGCCUAAAUUCUUCCACAGCUGGAGGCACAUCAGCCGCAGCUGCACGAUGCCGCCGGCAGCCAGGCGAGCCAAGUAAAAAAGCAAAAAGCCGGCAGCGGAACCUCCUCUUCUUCAGUCGGCCUCUCCCCGCCUCCAAAACAAAGCAGACCAGGACGCUGGCGUCUGGGAUACGCCCGUCCCCUGGCCGGCAAGCAAAACGGGCUGCCCCUCUCCGCACCUCUGCAUUAUUUUACAAUGUUACUGUGGCCUUGUUGGUGGGGAUUGCCGGCCGUUUAGGGGAAUUAAAAGAAAGUCCACCAGUCGGCCGGCAGAAGGGCCAGUGGCCUGACGGAACGGGCUUGUUGUCGCAGGUGCCUGUCUUUAAUCUAUGUAUUUACGUAGGUAUACACGUGCCGCGUUGGGAGCCUGUCGCCGAGCUACCUACCUAAGUAGAUGGUUGUUAUAAAGAGGACCGAGACCGUUUCCCUAGAUCUUCCGUUUGCCCCUGAGCCCUGCCCUUCAGCCAGCAUCCACCACCACGUACCCCGGAUCUCGGCAGUUCCCCCUCAGCCCACUCCCCCCAACACGAUGAAGAGCUUCUCCGUCCUCGUCUCGCUGGCCACGGCGGUCCUGGCCGCUAGCCGGACCAGCGCGCCGUCGGGCUGCAUCACGGUGAGCAAGGGCGGCGGCAGCGGGCGCUUCGCCACCAUCCAGGCGGCCGUCAACUCGCUGUCGACGAACUCGACAGCCGACCAGUGCAUCUUCAUCGACCAGGGCACGUACGGCGAGCAGGUGCUGGUGCCGUCGCGCCAGGCCCAGCUGACCGUGUACGGCUACUCGACCGACACGGACUCGCACGGCGCCAACGGCGCCACCAUCACGAGCAACAAGAGCCAGAAGGACGGCCUGUCCAACGACGAGACGGCCACGCUGCGCGUCAAGGCCGCCGGCUUCCGCCUCUACAACGUCAACGUCAACAACGGCCUCGGCGAGGGCAGCCAGGCCGUCGCCCUCAGCGCCUACGCCGACAGCGGCUACUACGGCUGCCGCUUCACGGGCUUCCAGGACACCGUGCUCGCCAACACGGGCAAGCAGCUGUACGCCAAGUGCCUGAUCCAGGGCGCCACCGACUUCAUCUUUGGCCAGAACGCCGCCGCCUGGUUCCAGAAGAGCGACAUUCGCGUGCUCGGCAAGUCCCUGGGCUACAUCACGGCAAACGGCCGCGACUCGGCCUCCAACCCGUCCUACUACGUCUUCAACUCGUGCAACAUCCAGGCGGCGUCGGGCAACAACGUCCCCGCAGGCGCCUACUACCUCGGGCGGCCGUGGAGGGCCUACGCGCGCGUCGUGUUUCAGUACACCUCCAUGACCAACGUCAUCAACUCGGCCGGCUGGAGGAUCUGGAACAGCGGCGACGAGCGCACGAGCAACGUGCUCUUCGGCGAGAUCGGCAACUCGGGCCAGGGCUCCCAGGGCACGCGCGCCCGCUUCGCCACCAAGCUGGGCCAGGGCGUCGCCAUCAACUCCAUCCUCGGCGGCAGUUACCAGAGCGAGAAGUGGUACGACGCCUCGUACAUGUAGAGGGAGGGAGAACAACCCGGUCCGCGGCUGGAACGGUACGCGAUUUAAGGCUGGAAAUGGGGCUUUUGCCUUUUCCAGGCUCCCGGUAUUGCACGGUUGUACGCACUUCGCUUCUCUUGUCUAUAUUGCCUGCCUCCAUGCCUGAGUGCCUAUUUUUGGCGUACAUGGCAUAUAAAUGCUUUCUGUAUAUAUGCCUCACAUAUUCAUUCAUUGCGGUUGCCCCCAGCUCCCAGGCUGUAAAUUCUCAUCAUGCAAACCGCUCCACCACCUUGCAGCUCUGCCCCG